GGAGAGACAGAGAGAGAGAGAAAGAGGAAGCCACAGACAAGGAGGAGAGAGAGAAGAGAGAGGGAGGAGAUAGGCAGAUGGGGAAUAGAGAAACAAGGGGAGAAAGAGACAGCAAGUGACAGAGAGAAAGAGAAACAGGAAGAGACAGAGAGAGGCCAAGACAGAUGCACAGGGAGCCAGGGAAACAGAGGCAAACAGGGAACAGAUAGAGGGAAAGAAAGCAGGGAGACAGUGAGACGAACAAAAGGAGAGGCCAAGAAAGGGGUGAGCCAGGGAGUAGAGAGGGAGAGCAUUUCGAAGCUGAAGAAGGGAGACACAGAUAGGCCUGGGGGCUGGGCUCUGGGGGUCUCUGCUGAUCCCAUUUCCUUCAUCUGGAGACCCCGUGGCCCCCCACCAUGGAGGAGGGCAGGCCCCGGAGCAGCCUCAGCUUGGCCAGCAGUGUCUCCACUGUGUCCUCCCUCACCCUCAGCAGCAAGCCCCCCCGGGCAGUCAGCCGAAUCCAUGCCUUUGGGAAAAGAGGAAGUUCCCUCCGCAGGGAUCCCAACCUGCCUGUGCACAUCCGAGGCUGGCUGCAUAAGCAGGACAGCUCCGGCCUCCGGCUCUGGAAGCGACGUUGGUUUGUCCUGUCUGGCCACUGCCUCUUCUAUUACAAGGACAGCCGGGAGGAGAGUGUCCUGGGCAGUGUCCCUCUCCCCAGCUACAGUGUCCGUCCAGAUGGGCCUGGGGCCCCCCGGGGGCGCCGAUACACUUUCACUGCUGAGCACCCUGGGAUGAGGACGUAUGUCUUGGCUGCUGACACCGUGGAAGACCUUCGAGGGUGGCUGCGGGCUCUGGGUCGUGCCACCCGAGCGGAAGGGGACGACUAUGGCCCUCAGACCCCACCUGCUGGACCUCCAGCUGGAGAAGGCCCUGGGGGUCCUGGGGGACCCCCUGAGGUGGGGAGCAGUGAAGAGGGCCUCAGUGCUGAAUCUCUGGAGGUGGCCAGGAUCUCUGGCAGACACAGGGAGCUCACCCCUAGCCCUCCACCUGGGCUUCUGGGGCCACCCCAGAGGAGCAGGCAAAGGGCAAGGAGUCCUGAGCUGUUUUCUCCCCUCUCCCGGCCCCCAUCACCCCUGGGCCUUCCCCGGCCACGCUCAGCCCCUGCCCACCGUCCCUCAGCUCUGGUGGGGGGAGAUACCCGGCCCCACACCCCGCUGAGCCGGAUUGAUGUCCGACCCUUACCUGAGUGGGCCCCAGCCUCAAGAACCCUGUCCCAGCCCUCCACUCCCCAAGGAGCACCACCAUCAGAGACAGGAGCACUGAGACCCCCCAGGAGCUCCCAGCACUGGGCCACUGAACUCAGGGCCAAGGCAGUGUCCGGAUAUCUACCGCUGUCCCCCAGGCCUCCGGGAAGUCGGGGCUCCAUGGCCUCUUUGCAGCCUCCGCACCUGCAGUCAGGCCCUGGACUGGAUUCUCCCCUGCACCGCAGCGCUGACACAGAUGCGCUCCUGACUAAGCUCUGCGGGCAGGACCGGCUCUUGAGGAGGCUGGCAGAGGAAAUAGCAAAGAACCAGGAGGAGAAGGAGAGGCUGGAAGCAGCCCUGGAGCUGACCCGCCGGGCUGUGGGGGAGCCUGGGCCCGGAGGCAGGGCCUGGUCUCGCCUGCGGCUUCUGCAAGACCGCCUGGUGGGCGUCAGAGCAGCCCUCUGCCACCUGGCCCAGGAAAGGGAGCGGGUUUGGAAUACCUAUAGCAGCCUGGAGCAGGAGCUGGGGACUCUGCGGGAGACCCUGGAGGAUCUGCUUCACCUCGGGCCUCCUCAGGCCAGGGUCUCUGCUCAGCAGCAGCUAUGGAUGGUGGAGGACACAUUGGCCGGACUGGGGGAUCCGAACUGGGGGCGUCCCCAUGGAGAUGGAGAUGGAGAUGGGCCUGGAGCCCUGCCAGGUCUUGGAUCACCCAGCUCUCCCCGUGCCCAAAGCCCAGACGGCCAAUGCUCUCCAUCCCCUGCCCCCUCUCCAUCCCCUCCACCACCAACUGGGCCUAAGGGUCCCUGGGAGCUUAGGGUUCCUGUCCCUUCCUGCCCUCAUCUGCAGGCUCCAGCCUCCCGGGUCCGGAUGAGUGCUCAGGAGCAGCUUGAGAGGAUGCGGAGGCACCAGGAGGCUGGGAGGCUAAGGCUCCGGUCGCAGUCUCCUGGGGAAAUUCGUCCCUCAGCAGUUCCAAGGCAGCUGGAGCCUGGGUCAGAGAGAGACGUGCCUCUUCUGGACUCCAUGGCUCAUACAGGGGCUCCUCAGCAGUGGGCCCGGAGUUCUGGGUCCUGGAGCAGCUCUAGGAGUCCCAGGUCCUACAUUCCAUCCCCUGAAGGACAUCGGGAAAGGGUCCUCAGCCUGUCCCAGGCUCUGGCGACCGAGGCUUCGCACUGGCAUAAGUUUAUCACAGGUCGUAGCCCUGAAGCAGCUCAGGACUCCACUUCCAGGCUGACUCCGCCCCCUCGCUCGCCUCCAGUAGGGUCCCCGCCCCCCGUGGGGCGGGGCCGAGGGAGCCCCACCCCCUGGGCCCCUACGUGGGGAGGGGCGGCUCCACCAGAUGAAGGGACGUGGCCUCUGCGAGUUACCCUGCUCCAGUCCAGUUUCUGACACGCCAGCAGAGCUGCAGCCAAUUGGAGGUGGAGGUAGAGGCAGGGCCAGACUCCGGGGCCUGAGGUUCCUCUCACCACCGUCCGUUCCUCCAGCCCUCCAGCCUUCCAUUCUAUACCAGUCUUGAUUAAACUCGGUUGUGAUCACUCAG